AUGUCUCCAGUGAAGGACUUCAGUCUGACUUAUGAUGAACCGAACGAGGAAGGCACCUUUUCUGAAGGAGACGUCGUCACAGGCUCCGUCACCUUCAGCCUCACCAAAGAAACCAAAAUCAAGAACCUUUUCGUGAAAGCCAAAGGAGAAGGGCGCGUCAGCUGGACCGAUGGGAACGGGGAUCCCAACUCAUCCUACAGUGCAAAGAGGAGAUAUUUCAAAGUCAAAGAGUUCUUAAUAGCAGAAAAUGCGAAAGGCACUGUCCUCAGCCAAGGAGACCACAGCUUUAAAUUCAAGAUCGAGAUUCCAAAUCAGGACAUGCCGUCGUCCUUCAAAGACGCUAAUGCACGAAUCGUCUACCUGAUCGAGGCGAAGCUGUGUAAAAGCUGGCAGUGGCCCAGCAAGGCGAAGACUGAGUUCUGCUUUCUGUCCAAGUCUUUUCCGCAUAUUGAGAACAUCAUGAGUCCUCAGUCGGAUUCGGUGAUCAAAGAGUUGGGGACGUUCUCCAAGGAACAGGUGGAAAUGUCUGCUAGUGUGGACAAGAAGGCCUGUUCUCCAGGAGACACCAUCACUCCCUCUGCCAUCGUCUGCAACUCCUCGUCCAAAAGCAUGAAGCCCAAGUUCAUUCUGCAGCAGAAGACGGUGUACCGCACCGGCAACCACACCAAGACCUGCGACGAGCGCAUGGUGGAGGUGGUCGGAGACGCCAUCAUGGCCAACUCGGAGAAGACGGCCAGCUGUGAACUGGUCGUUCCCGAAGAUGCUACCUGCACCGUCCACAACUGUGAUAUCGUCUCGGUUGAAUACAGCGUCAAGGUGUCUCUGGACAUCAGCUUUGCCUUCGACCCGGAGUUGGUGUUUCCUCUGGUCGUCGCUCCUCCUGCCCUGCUGGCUGCCGCUCAGGCCGGCCAGGAAGACAGCGGCGUCCCAGAGGACAGCGGCGUCCCAGACUACAGCGGCGUCCCAGAAGACAACGGUGUCCCAGAAGACAGCGGUGUCCCAGAGGACAGCGGCGUCCCUGAAGGUCAAGGAGGAGAUGAUCCUGCUGCUGACAACACAGAGUAGUGUUUAUAACCGGCAUGGUAACCUAUAACCAGUGUUCUAAUCAGUGUGUUCCUGUGCAUGACAUGACACUUCACCUGCUGCUGCCUUUUGAUUUUCCUAAUCAGUUUCAGAUCUGUGAUUUAGAUUAGUGUCAAACUUCUUUUAGGGGAAACGUACAGCACAAUUUGAUCUCAAGCUUCCCGUAAAUACAAGCUUUAUAAUCCAUAAAUAACCAGAACUGUAAAUCUUGGUUUUAGUGCAACAAAGUGUUGGUACAUCAUUAAGAAAUUUGCACUUAUUAAACUAUCCUUUGACAGUUGAGACAAAGCUGAGAUGUGAAUAAAGAAACUGUAAUUUCUGGUGCAGACUCAUCACAUAAUACAGACUGAAAUUUAUUUAUUUAUUUAUUUAUUUAUUUGAGUUUUAGAUUUAUUUGCUGCUCUCAGGGAUCAUUGA